GAGCCGCAUAAUUAAUUCUUGAUCAGUCAGGAUUGCUCAYUACUGACAACACUAUCAGAAAAUAUUUCAGAGAGACCUGCUCAUCCAAAAGCGUGUUUUGAUUUUCUUAUAUCCAAAUCUUUUUAAGUAUGAAUGUUGGUGAGGCACCUAUCAUUUCUCGUUAUAUUCUUGGUUUCAUCGGUGGAUUGUUUUUACUUCAUUACGUAGACGCAUCAGCUCGCUUUACUAAUUUCCCUCCCAGUGUGUUGUAUGCAUCUAGUGGAGGAACAGCUAGGUUUGUGUGGGACUACCAUGUGGACAACAGAUUGUGGGAAUUUAAAAGUGAAUCACCAACAUGGUCGUUCAUCAACCAGGCAACAAACAGUGAGAGUAUAAUCGGUGUUGACGACAGGCAAACCAAUAACUGGAGUUUUGUCAUCAAAACCGCAACUUGUCCACCAAGAUUACUGAAUCGAGUAAGCAGAGAGGCCGCAGCUACUCUGGUCAUUUAUGGGGUGACUAAUGCUGAUAAUGGGAUAUAUAAAUGUAGGCUGGAGCUUAAAGCAGGUAACCCUAUAGAACACCAAGUACAACUAGUAGUCACAGUGCGCCCGACAUUUCUAUCUAGUCACCCAAAUAACACAUAUCAUAUAAUCGAGGGAGAGGAUUUAAAGAUAAACUGCACUGCUAUUGGUUCACCAACACCGAACAUCACAUGGGUGAAUAUCACAGAUGGUAGUGUUCUUACCAAGAGACAAGGAUCAGGAAGUGCUGUACURCAUAUAGAUAACAUUAAACGAUACCAUGCUGGGGUAUAUGAGUGCCAGGCCAAGAACAACCCAAACGAGGCUGCAACCACUACAAGGACAAGUGUAACAGUCUACUAUAAGCCAGUCAUUCGCACAUUGAUUUAUACAAAGAGUCGGCAUUCUUGGAGUGGCAACAUGAUGACACUCAAGUGCGUUGUAGAUGGAUUUCCCCAACCACACGUCACGUGGUACAAACCCAGUAGUCAACAUAUAUCAUGUGGUGUAAAGACUUUAACUGAAGGUAGUCAAGUGACAGUAAGAACAACAGAGUGCGGUGAAGACUAUGGAUUGUACAAAUGUCAAGCUGUAAAUAUUGCCGGCAAAGAUGAGCACUUUAUUAGGGUUUCACAGCUAUUUCCACCAGGCCCUCCUAAAUUCACGAUACUAGACCAUGAUAUCCAAGCAUCAUCAGUGAAUGUAAGGUGGACCAAACCUGGUUAUGAUGGUGGAAAUCCUGUUAUUGAUUACAAAGUACGAAUCAACACAAACCCACCACAAGAAAAGGUGACAACAAGCACCCAUACCUAUUUCUAUGGCCUGACAAAGAAUACAAGUUACACUAUUAAAGUUGCCGCGAUAAAUGUCGUCGGUUCUGGGAAUAUMUCUGAAGUGACUAUAACAACAAAAAAGCAAGGUAGACCAACUAUCCCAAAGCUGAUGGUAGUGUUGUACACCAGCAGAGACUCCAAACUGUCAGUGGUACUGCGGUGGACAAUGCCUCAUGACAAUGGGGGAAGAAUAACAAAAUAUACUAUUUACAUGAAAGAGGUCCAAACGCARUGGGAAAAAAUUGCUGACAUCUUUGAUCCAUCUCAACUGCAAUAUACAGCGACGAAUAAUAUCGUUGAUGGAAAGUCAUACGUGUUUAUGCUUACUGCAUGGAACAAGUAUGGAGAAAGUGCGAGGGAUGACGCAAGCGAAGCGGCUAGUAUUUCUUGGGUGCUGUUCGCUGGGGAUCCGACCAAACCCGACACAUCAAACCAAAUCAAAUUAUUCUACAGCAACGAUGGAAACACUUGGGGCUGUAUCUCUGAAAAUGUCUCCCCAUUCCCCUGCAAACCGUUCUAUUCAAACAGGCACCCUCAARCAAAAGGACGUGACGUCMACGAGGUUGAUCUUCCUACA